AUGUCGUACUUGCAGUGUACGCCAGCGACAAUACAGGUACCCGCAACUGGUGGAAUAACUACUCAUAUUCUGGAAGCAGUCGGCACUGAACGAUUAGCUUUCAAGGUCUCACCGCCUCUCGGCUUUGUGAAACCUGGCAUCAAGAAGGAACUCCAACUGCAGCGAAUGCCUGGUAAACCUGGAAAGACGAAGUUAGUAGUUGAGUACAUAGCUUCACCUAGUGGCUAUGAUCCAAGAAAGCCAUUCGUUCAGGGUGCUGAUAUAGGUACAUUGGUUAUUCGCGUAAGAGCAUAUACCGACAAAAAAAUACCAGACAAGGCACCACUGGUAGCAGGGAAAAUUGUAACAAAAGCUGGACAAAAUUUCGCCCCUUCGCCUGAUGUUAAUGAUGCUAAAUUGGAAGCUGAGAUUGAAGCACUGUUCAAGGAUAAAGAAAAAGCUGCGCAGCUGCUUAAAGUUCUUUCCAAAGAAAAGACUACAAAAGAUGAUAGUGGAAGUUCCAGCGGAGAGGAUGAAGCUAUUCAAAUAAUUAUGCCGAAUAUGUUAAAAAAUCUGAAUUUGGAUGUAAUGCAGAAAAACAAUGAUGAGCUCAAGAAAUUGCUGGAAAUGGUUGUAAGUGAGAACAAACGUUUGGAGGAUGUGAUCGCACAAAUGAUGAAGGAAAUCACUUUCCUUCGUGAGGCUCUACUUUCAACUGUUAUGAAGUUAGCAUCUGCAUCAAGUGAAACAAAGAGUACAGAUGCUGCCAAAACUACUCCUACUGGAAGUCCUGCUAGUAAAAGUCCUGUUGAUAGUUCAACUGGUACAGAUGCUGCAGUUCAAGAGUACAUAUCAACAAUGAUGGCUGAAGGUGGACCAACGGGAGGAAUCAAAACUGCCAGUCCUGUACCGAGUGGAAGUGGCACUACUGAUGUUGGUAGUCGUGGUACGCUACAAGAAUUCUCACUCUACUGCCCAGCUGGUAGAGCUGGAAUUCAAAGUGGAUAUGCUAUUGGAGUCCCUGGCACUAACGUUAAGCGGACAAAGGAGUUUAUUUUUGGCAGUACCGCUGAUCAACUGAGCCCUAAGCAAGGUGGUUCAAGUGGAAGUACUGGUAGUGGCAGUGGUCUGCCUAAAAAAUCAGUAUAUCUCUGA